CCACAGCCCUCCCCGACUGCGCAUGCGCCCUCCGCUGCAGCCGUGAGAGGGGCGGGGCGAGGCAGUCCAGGUGAGCGUUACCUGCAAGGCGGAACGAGCACUUUCCCCUCCUUUCCCCGCUUUGAUCCAUGGGAGUUUGACUUGGUUGGGUGGGUGGUUGCUUCCCACUCACUUUCUAUCUCAGGCAGGAGUUGCUGCUUUGACAGAAGGAAGAGCUGUCCGCAAUGGCUUCAGGUUCGUACAACCUCAGCGGCAGAGGCGGCAUUGCUGUUCCCGAGUCAGACCCGGCACAAAACCGUCCCGACAACACGGCCUUCACCCAACAGCGCCUCCCAGCUUGGCAGCCAUUGCUCUCGGCCGGCACGGUGCUGCCGCUCUUCUUGGUGCUGGGCACGGCUUUCUUGGCCAUCGGCCUGGGCCUCCACUUCUCCUCGGAGAACAUUCAGGAGCUGGAGCUGGACUACACCGGGGCGCCAGGCUCCGAAGGCAUCUCCAACUGCUCCCGCUGUGCCAACCUGAGUGCCCACCCGGCUCACAGUCCCUGCGUCUGCGGGAUUCGCUUUGUCCUGCCGGUGGACUUCCCGGCCCCCGUCUGCCUCUACUACCAGCUCUCCAACUACUAUCAGAACAACCGGCGCUAUAGUGUCUCCCGGGACAAUGAGCAGCUCAACGGUGAUGCCUGGGCACUGCGCAACCCUAUCACGGAGUGUGAACCCUACCAGAAGAACGGCAGCGGCACCCCCAUCGCACCCUGUGGCUCCAUCGCCAACAGCCUCUUCAACGACACCUUUGUUCUCUACCGCAGUCUGAGCGACGGCACUUUGGACCCCAUCGACAUGGAUAAGCGGGGCAUCUCCUGGUGGACCGACACCAACGUCAUGUUCCGGAAUCCAGAGCCGGUCAACAAGAGCCUGGCGUUGGCCUUCAAGGGCACCGCAAAGCCGCCCUCCUGGCCGUACCCGGCCUACAAGCUGGGCAACGUCAACACCAGUGGCGUCGGCUUUGUCAACGAGCACUUUGUGGUCUGGAUGCGCACGGCCGCCUUGCCCACGUUCCGGAAGCUCUACUCCCGCAUCCGCCGGGGCAAUUUCUCCACGGUGCUGCCCCGCGGCACCUACUACCUCAACAUCACCUACAAUUACCCUGUCCUCUCUUUCAAUGGCUCCAAGAAGGUCAUCUUAAGCACCUUGUCCUGGAUGGGCGGCAAGAAUUCCUUCCUCGGCAUCACCUACCUUGUCUGCGGAGCCCUUUGCAUCAUCACCGGUGUGGUCAUGUUGGUGGUCCACUUCAAGUUUCGGCACCUAAAUGAGGAAGAUUGAUAGAUUGUGUGACGGCGCAAGUGGCGCCAUCUAUAUGUCGAACUAUAAGUUGCAAGAUUUGAAUUGUUGUAUCAUGCCUGAUUUUACCUUUACCCUGUAAAUGUACUUGGGUUGAUUGGUUAUUUAUAACUGUUUGCACCAGUUAUAUUGCUCCCUCAGCUCAAUUGUUUGACUCCACCCUUUCCUGGAGUGGGUCAGUGUUUCCUUUUUUAUUCCACCAUCAACCUUUCUAUCAGAUGGACGUGAGAGAGAGACUUGGCUCUAAAAGCCCUUGAUUAAGUUACCUCUCAGCACCAAUUCUGAGAUUCUUACCCUUGAGACUUAUGCUUCAUGUUCAGGCCAACCUGGACGACGUUGAGGAGUCUCAAGCGCCUUCAGAUCAGUUCUUUGGCACCAGAGGAAGACUGUGUCUUCAAACAUAGGACAUUUGGACUGAGGCUGAGGAUUGCUCCGGCAUUCACAGCCAUUGAGGAAGAGGGACCUGGAAAAGCUGCUCAGCUGCAGAGCUCCUUGGACUUAAGACAACCAAAGACUGUAAUGUAUAUUUUCCUUUACUCCUUUGAAACUUCCAACUUAUUGCCUUAAAGGGAUAACUUUUUCUGAACAAUAAAACAAGUUUUGAGUUA